AGGGGGCGGUGCCGAGACAGAAGGAAGGUUGAACAGCUAAACCCUGACCUCAUCUGCUUGCUUGUUGGAUUUAUUUACUGCACUGAACCGCUGCCUAUACGAAAAUAACAUAAAAAACAACAGUUGCGUAACUCUGGAAACAAGCUAAAGGGUAAAGCUGGCAGAUUGUGUGGGCCUAAUUGGCAGUAACUGACUCUACUUCACAAGUUGCGCUGACUGAACUGCAGAGGAUGUCCACUGACCCCCCUCCUCCAUAUCCUGGGGGUCCCAGCGCCCCCCUGAUUGAAGAGAAGAAUGGGCAGCCGCCCGUCUCAGGUCCAGUUCCUCUGGUGACCCACACUCAAGGGCACCCAGUUCAACCAGAGUAUGGCCCGCCUCCCUAUGAGCCUCCGACGCAGCCUGGGUUUAUGCCCUCCCAUGUGCCAGGAGAGGGGGGCAUGGCAUACCCACCCUAUGCUGGGUACUACCCCCCUCCCGGCAACUUCCCACAGCCUAUCCCUGGGCAAUAUGCUCCUGGCCCCGGGCACUACCCCUCUCCGGGGGGGCACACAGCCACAGUGAUCGUGCCACCGGGCGCUGCUACCACGGUGACGGUGCUGCAGGGAGAGAUGUUCCAGGCAGCGCCAGUCCAGACAGUGUGCCCCCACUGCCAGCAGGCCAUCACUACCAAGAUCACACACGACAUCGGCCUCAUGAACACACUCUUCUGUCUCUUCUGCUGCUUCGUGGGGUGUGACCUGGGCUGCUGCCUGAUCCCUUGCGUGAUUGACGACCUCAAGGAUGUCACGCACACCUGCCCCAACUGCAAGGGCUACAUCUACACAUAUAAGCGCAUGUGCUAACAGAGCCACGUCUGGUGUCAUAGCUCCCCCUUGUGGAAUGUCUAAGUAUAUCUGGGAGCGACAACAUUUCUUUAUCUUUUAAUGUUUUAUUUAGCCACCUUCACCUAGCAGUGCUUUCUCUAGUCGUACUGUAGUGUAUAUUAAAGUCAGUAGCUGUUAAAUGACUCACUGGGAACUUGGAAAGCUCAUCAAAAGCCUAUUAAAAAAAUAGUGUUUUUAUGUUUGAUAAGACUUUAAUAAGGGAAUAAUAGGUACUGUACUCUUACCUCUCAUCCUGCCAACCUUGUCGUCGGGGAUUGUGAACUUUAUAAAACUACCAAAUGAAAACAAAAGCAAAACAUAGGGUUUUCUUCAAUUGAGAGUGGUGCCGUGGAACUGUACAUCUUUUCAGUAUAGACCAUCAUUGAAUUCUCUUGCACUCAUUAUAAUGGACAGGCUAUUGAGGUCCCAACUGCAUUUGUGUUGCGUCUUAACUCGGUCCCCACUGAAGUCUUUUUUUUGUUGUAGCACCAUCUUGUCUUAUCAGAGUUUGCACUCAAGAGGUCGUACCUGAUCUUGUUGCUCGGCUGCACUACACUGCGCAGGAAUUUUCUGUUCCCUUUCUAAAAAGGGACGUCCCUUUAAUGAAGAGGCAGUUUAAGAGGUAGGGUGUUACAAGAAGUGCUUUAAUCCAGAGGGAAUUUUCAUCUACGUCUUGUUUUAAUUUCUCCGGUAAUCAUGCCAUAAGCUCAUUAGCAUGCCUUUUUAUGUUCUAAUUUUAACUAUGGUACAUUUAUUUGAUUUGAAGUACCACCUUUGCACAUAACAUAUGGCUUUUUGUUCUGUUGACUCUUGUGGCAGUCUCCGCAUCAGUUCACACACGUAACUGGGUUCAUAAGGGACAACACUGCUGAUAACACCCAUUUAUAUCAAGGUGGAGGCACAAGACUAGGGCUGCAACAGCUAGAUGACUGGCCAGGGGGAGUCGACUCUCAAAAUGUUACACCUUGGUGUAAAAUGCUCAUUUAAAAACACUAGCGGUAAACAGUUGAACUGAAUACACCAGUGAAGGUGGUAGCCAAGUCUACUUGAUAUAUACUGGAUAAGCACAAUCCAGCAUGAAUCCCCAGUGCUGUAAAAUGCUUUAAAAAUCCAGCAGGGGCUUGUCUGACAGGGUAGUUUGAUUAAAUCAGCUCUUUAAUUUCUUUCAGUUAUAUGUGUUUUUUGAAAUCAAUUAGUUCGUUAACAAAUACAACACUUAUAACAUAUAAAAAAAAAAAAAAAUAGUCUUAUCAACUAAUGGGACAUAUCUGUUGAUGAUCAAAAGCUGCUAGUUGUUGCAGUUUUACACAAAGCCUGUAGAUGUCAUUGGAUGUUGUUGCAGUGUUUGCGUUUUCAGCCACAUUGAAAGAGUUUAAUAGACUAGUUCAAAUGUGACAAGUUUUAAACGCUUAUCUAUUUUUUGCAUGUAUUUCCCCAGCCCAGCUGGGUGAUCCUGUGAUUUCGUUAUAGUUGUGUCUUAUUCUGUUUAUCUAUUUAAAAAAGAACAAAAAAACAAACAACUCGGGUCCAUAACAGUUCAAGGGUUUGUUCAAACCAGUGCCUCAAUAUUUGUUUUUAUGUUUAAAUUGGCAUUCCAGUGCACGUCAAAGGCAAGCAGUCCUGCCUUAUAAUAACUGGACAAAUCGGAGUGAUUAGAACAAAGCUAGACAUUCAUUUUCAGAUACUCAUUCCUAAAUGGAUUUAUUACAAGUCGUUAAAAACAGAACUAAAACCUGUUCAACCAAUAUUUUCUUUUUAUAAAUUCUAAAAUAACAAAGGCCUGGUUGAAACAAAACCAUAAUGAGAGACCUGCACUACUGGGGAUGAUCUAGCUUGUGAAACACAUUUAUAUUGUACAAGCCUGACUUCAGCACCAUGUGUUCAGACUACUGUGAAUUUAAUGAUUUGCAUUACAAAUUUGUGCUUUUGUUAUUUUAAUAUGUAA